UCUACCAUAUCAGACUGUACUCUACCCGACCAAUAACACAUCUCCGACAGUGUUGCUGCCGUCACAUGAGGUGUGGUCGUGUUACCAUCGGAAACUCAGAAACUCAGAACAGAGGAAGAAGGGACUCUUUACUGGCAGAUCAUUCACCUGGACUGAACCUGGGUGAGGCCUCUAUCUCUCUGUAUAUAAGUGACAGCAAACCACAGAACACAACAACACAACAAGGUUCUUCAUCACAGCCGUAGAACUCACUGAACCCCAGAAGGAUCUCCACAGACACAGAGAUGCUGCUCUCGCUCCUCUUUGUGCUGGGCCUCUGUCUGAUGCCUGCUGACUCCACAGCAACAGAAGAGUUUCUGGGCAGUCCGUUUCUGCAAAGCUGUUUUGAGGAGGCAAAGAAAAUCGUGGAUGAUGCUUAUACCUACUCCAGAGAAGAGAGUCUGAGGCGAAUCCGUAAGGAUGCGGUGAGUCCCCAUGAUGUACUGCAUCUCCUCAAGCAGCCCCGAGGAGACACACGCUCAGCAGUCAGGUCUGCAGACUACAUGGCACAAACCCUCCGUCUGGUGCAAGAAAGGGUCCAUCAUGUGCACAAACGCUCCCUCAAUGCAACAGAUUUGCUCUCUGAGGACAAUCUAAUAAAGCUCUCUGAAAUCACUGGAUGUGCAGCCCGGAUAAGGCCUCCAAACUGCCGCACCAUACAGAACGUAAACAAGUAUCGUACCAUCAGCAGUGUCUGCAACAACCUAGAAUUUCCUCGCCGUGGUUCCUCCAACAUUGCGUUUACCCGCUGGCUGCCUGCUGAAUAUGAUGAUGGCAUCUCACAACCAAAAGGCUUCAACAACAGGACCAUUAACAACUUCCUGCUCCCAUUGGUUCGACAGGUUUCUAACAACAUACUGAGCACCACAGAUGCCGGCGUGGUCAGCGACAGAGAAUUAAGUUCUUUGACAUCCAUCUUUGGUCAGUGGAAUACCCACGACCUCAGCAUCACGGUCUCCUCCUCAAGUAUCCGAUCCUUCAGCAAUGGUAUUAGGUGUAAUGAGAGCUGUGAGAGAACAGAGCCGUGCAUCCCCAUUCCAAUUCCUCCUGGUGACCCUCGCCUGCCCUCACGCCCCGACAGCUGCCUGCCUGCAUUCAGAUCUGCCACUGCCUGUGGAACGGGAUACUCUGCCUACAAUUUUGGUGGCGUUCCCAACAGGAGGGAACAGAUCAACACCCUGACGUCCUUCCUGGACCUUAGUCAAGUGUACGGCUCUGAGGAAAAGCUUGCCCUCAAACUACGGGACCUUCAAAAUGAUGGAGGCCUGCUACGUGUCAACACCGAGUUCAGAGACAACGGGCGGGAGCUGCUGCCUUUCAGUAACUCCAGAGAAAACUCUUGUGCCACUCGUAGGAGAAUCACCAAUGACCCCAACGCUCAGGAGGUGCCCUGUUUCAUCGCAGGUGACGUCCGUUCAAAUGAGAACAUCGCCCUCACCGCCAUCCACACACUCUUCCUGCGGGAACAUAACCGACUGGCUCGUGCCCUGAAGAAGAUAAACCCACACUGGGACAGUGAGACGCUCUACCAGGAGGCUCGCAAAAUCAUGGGUGCUUACACACAGAUCUUUGUCUUUAGGGACUACCUGCCUCACAUCCUGGGUGACAACGUCAUAAGCACACAGAUUGGAAGAUACCGUGGUUACAAUUCCAACAUUGACCCAAGCAUCUCCAACGUCUUUGCAACCGCAGCUUAUCGUUUUGGCCACUUGGCCAUUCAGCCGUUCCUGUUCCGACUGAAUGCCAAUUACAGGGAGAACACUCGGUUCCCCUCUGUGCCUCUGUUUAAGGCAUUUUUCACACCCUGGAGAAUCAUCUUUGAGGGAGGUAUUGACCCUCUGCUGCGGGGUUUGUUCGGCCGUCCUGCCAAGCUGAACACUCAGGAUCACAUGAUGGUGGAGGCUUUGCGGGACAGGCUGUUUAAGUUUGUGGAGCAGCUGGCUAUGGACCUGGGUUCUCUCAACAUGCAGAGGGGACGUGAUCAUGGCCUGCCUGGUUACAACGCCUGGCGUAGGUCAUGUGGCCUGUCUCAACCCAGGAACCAGGCAGAGCUUGGUCAGGUAUUGAACAACACCAAUCUUGCCCGAAGGUUGCUAGAGCUCUAUGGUACUCCUGAGAACAUUGACGUCUGGAUGGGAGGAGUGGCAGAGCCUUUUGUCCCUGGUGGCCGUGUGGGGCCUCUGUUUGCCUGUCUCAUUGCCAGACAGUUCAAGAACGUUCGUGAUGGUGACAGACUCUGGUACCAGAACCCAGGAUUUUUCACGGCCAGACAGAGAGCUGCUCUGGGUUCUGCCUCUCUGUCCAGGAUCAUCUGCGACAACACAGGCAUUACUAUGAUUCCAGCAAAUCCUUUUGACGUCAUCUCAAACAGAAACCGUCUCGUCCGCUGCAACAACAUCCGAAACCUUGACUUGUCAGCUUGGACGGAAAGUCCAAGAAAAAGUCCUAGUUGUUCAGGGGAUGACUGUGUUGAAGGCGAUGAAGCAGAGAAUCUAACGGAGCCGGAUGUGAUGGAGCCACUGGACCUCCAGGAGAGCAAGGCAAAGAAUGCAGGCCCGACGGAUCCUCCGGGUGUCCUGGACAAUGAGAUCCAUUAAAAUCUUCUGGUCCAGCAGGCCCCAGAGGCACUACUGGUCCUCCUCGUCCCACCUCACCCCCCAACAACAACAACAAUUCAAGUCCAAGUCCAAAACCAUCCUUCUCUGUGGCCCAGAGCAACUGCAGGCCGUCUGCAGAUAGGAUCAUUCAUUUUUGUCAGGACCUCCACAACCACCUAAGUCUCUACAGUGCAGACACAGGCCGUGUCACCCCCGGUGUCUAUCAGUUCCGCUUCUUCUGCCUGUCUUACAUCAGUGCAGGAAAGGUGGACCUGUGGCGUAACAGUAAAAUGGUAUUUCGCAGUUUUAAUCGUCAGGUUUUUGACGCUCCCCGUCGCUGCACUGAACUAGUCCUUUUUUAUAGUUUAUACUGAUGUCACUGAGAGAUGAAAAAAUGUGUGAUUGUUCUACUGUAAAGAACGUACUGUAAUUCUGAUGACGUGUACUCAAGGGUGUUUAGUGUUGAGCUUUGUCUGCAGGAUCUGUUCCACUGUCCUAUUAAUUGUAUUUCCACUUCAAUAAACAACAACAACAGCAAAAAAUAAAUAAAUAAAAAUCUGU